CUUCCCCUGAAGCCCCCCGAUUGCUCUCCAACGGUGCAUCCACCACCACCUUCCAAGCUCCGAACCUCCACCAUCGCCAACCCGACAGCCUUCAUCAAUCCGGCUCGCGAAGCGGCUCUAGGCGUCCCUUUGCAGUUUUACUCGCAAGCACCGGGUUGAGCUUUUUUCGUCACUUUCGACUCACUUCAUCCGUCCUCAUCCUCGCCCGCCAUGGCUCCCCCCGCUGCCGAAAGCGCCUCGCCGAUUGGCAUCGCCAAUCUUCCCAACCAGCGACACAAGAUUGUCGCCAAGCGCGGUGCCGGCUUCACCAUCAUGGUUGCUGGCGAGUCUGGCCUGGGAAAGACGACCUUCAUUAACACGCUCUUCUCCACGACGAUCAAGAACUAUGCCGACCACAAGAAGCGCCACCAGAAGCAGGUCGACAAGACGGUCGAGAUCGAGAUCACCAAGGCUGAGCUGGAGGAGAAGUUCUUCAAGGUCCGCCUGACUGUCAUCGACACUCCCGGCUUCGGCGACUAUGUCAACAACCGUGAUUCCUGGAUGCCCAUCAUCGAGUUUCUUGACGAUCAGCAUGAGUCGUACAUGCUUCAGGAGCAGCAGCCCCGCCGCCAGGAUAAGAUCGACCUCCGUGUCCAUGCCUGCCUGUACUUCAUCCGCCCCACCGGCCACACCCUCAAGCCCCUCGACAUUGAGGUCAUGAAGAGGCUCUGCUCGCGUGUCAACUUGAUCCCCGUCAUUGCCAAGGCCGACACCCUCAGCCCUGCUGAUCUGGCCAAGUUCAAGCAAAGGAUCAUCUCCGUCAUCGAGGCUCAGAACAUUAAGAUUUACCAGCCCCCGAUUGAAGAGGACGACGAGGCUGCCGCUCAGCACGCCCGCAGCUUGAUGGCGGCCAUGCCCUUCGCCGUUAUCGGCUCGGAGAAGGACGUCAAGACUGGUGAUGGCCGCAUUGUCAAGGGCCGCCAGUACUCGUGGGGCGUUGCCGAGGUCGAGAAUGAGGAUCACUGCGACUUCAAGAAGCUCCGCUCCAUCCUGAUCCGAACCCACAUGCUCGACCUCAUCCAUACCACGGAGGAGCUCCACUACGAGGCGUACCGCGCCCAGCAGAUGGAGACGCGCAAGUUUGGCGAGGCUCGCCCGAGAAAGCUGGACAACCCCAAGUUCAAGGAGGAGGAGGAGGCUCUGCGAAAGCGCUUCACCGAGCAGGUUAAGAUCGAGGAGCAGCGGUUCCGACAGUGGGAGCAGAAGCUCAUCGCCGAGCGCGAUCGCCUCAAUAAGGACCUGGAGCAGACCCACGCCCAGAUCAAGCAGCUGGAGGGCGAGCUGGAGGCGAUGCAAGGUAGCGCCGUCCGCAGCCACGGCCGUCGCUAAGGCAGGCACCAUCUCUUCGGCUUGCCUUGUUGAAGGUGCACAGCUUGCCGUUGUGUCACUUGCCAGCCGCUUCUAUUUUGGACCCAGGAGGGUCCCCGAAUACCACUAUGGAGGAUACAUUACGGGUGCUCUCGCCAGCCGUUGCUGCGGCGCCGGAGCGCUGUGCCUCGCGGCCAGCCGCCUCGGCCGCCCAGUGUGAGCCGUGGCUACAGAGCAUGUCAGGCGUGCUUCCCUUGUUUAUGCGCCGUGCGAUGCGAGCUGCCAGCUGGGCUGAAAGUGAGGCCCUACUCCGACAUGCAGGGACGCGCGAUGGAAAGCUUUUGAUCAUGUAGCCUUAUUUUAUUUUGUCACUUUACUCGAGCCCCUUUCUUCCCCCCACAGGUACCUUAAAGCCAAUGUAAUUGAGUCUGCAAGUCUCGGCAGUAAACAGAUGUAAAUGCUUGGCUGUGAAUCGACGGGACGCGCUCGACCGUGUAUUGGUCCCGGCUGAAGCGUUCCAUCCCGGCGACACUAACUUAGUGACUAG